ACAGUCAUGACAACGGAAGUGCCAGAGCGGUUAAUCAUUGGUCCGAAGGCAGGUGUAACCUACCCGCUAACGGUGGCUUACUGCGGCAACUGCUCCAUGCCGCUCGAGUAUUGUGAAUACUAUCCGGACUAUGAAAAAUGCAAACAGUGGCUCGAAAAAAAUCUGCCGGGCGAGUUCGAACGGAUGAAGAUGGGCGCGGUCGGUACCGGAGAUGGAGGCAGUAGUGCCGGAACGGGAUCCACCACCAAUCCCGCAACCGAGCCGGCCGAUACUGACGAGGGAAAGAAACCACAGAAACGGGGCGGUAAAGGUAUUAUGAAGACCAAAAAGGCAAAGGACGACGUACCGAAGAAGGUGUGCCUGUCGCGGUCCGCGCGAGGCAAACGAAAGUCCGUCACCGUGGUCACCGGACUGGCGACGUUCGAUAUCGAUCUGAAGCUUGCGGCCAAGUUCUUCGGUACCAAGUUUGCGUGCGGUUCGUCCGUCACCGGAGAUGACGAGAUUGUAAUUCAGGGCGACGUCAAGGAUGAGCUGUUUGAUAUCAUCCCGGAAAAGUGGCCCGAAAUCGAUGAGGAUUUCAUUGACGAUCUCGGCGACCAGAAGCGUUAA